UGCCCGGAGCUUGUCUGUUCACCAAUGUCGUGCUCACAUUGGCCUGCAUGGCUGAUCAGGUAGAUUAGUGCGUGCAGACACAAAUGGAGGGAAAUACAAACUUCGUGGUCCUGAAGAUGUACUAAGAUCAAGUAGGUCUGCUGCAACAUGAAGAGGUGUGAGAUGCCAGAUGUGAGAGCUGAGGGAGUAAUGGAUAACCUUGAACUUGCUGUGCCGGUUUUCAAAGCCCUAUCACAUACAGUGUAUGAUGGCUUCAUAACUACUGAGGGAACUGACUUGCGUGUAAGAGUCUCAAACUCAAUGAGCAAGAGUGAGGCAAAAUUGGAGUGUGACUGGAAACUGCGGAGGUUCUUGAUGUUACACAGCCAGGCCCUACAAAAGAUCAGUAAUAUUCAAGGCAACUCCCCAACUCCAAAUAUGCUGACCUCGAGAUUGGCUUCCCAUGUUCUUGCUGAAAUGAAAGAAAUAGGCUGGGACAAAGUGGACAGUGUUGACGAGACUUUUCAACAGCUAACUCUAACGCUUUGUGAUACAGCCGGGAGGAAACACGUUCUUCUUCUUAACCUCAGUCCUCAGAAAGAAGCUUCAGAAAUGUGUACUGUUCAUUUACCCAUCCCCGCAGACUUUAACAUUAAUCAAGAUGAGCAGGUUUCUCUCCAAGAUUUAAUGAAUCAGUUUCGUGUCAUGGUCAAUAAGUGUGAAGACUUCUGGGAGAUGAUGUAUGAGAUUGAUCAAAACACAUGGGUGUUAGAACCAGAGAAACCAGGCCCAAGUGUCUGUCAUCGGAGACUGGCUCUAGGUCCACGUGCAUCUCUACACAUCAAAGUCGAUGCAGCACAACCCAGAUUACUGCCACAAUGUAGUUUUUUAGGAGCAGAUCAAGAUGUGGCUCCUUUAAGAGAACGUCUCAACAAACAUGUGCAUCAAUGGAAUGUUCAUUGCAGUAUCCUGGAAAAUCUUCAGACAGUGCUUGAAACAACCUUGCCAUCACCCAAGACCUCCAGUCGAGAGAAAUUCACCCUUGAGUGUGGAAUUUGCUACUCCUACAGACUUGGUGAGGCUAUUCCUGACAAUGUGUGUGGUGAUCAGUGUUGUGGGCAGACCUUCCAUCAUCAGUGUCUGUAUGAGUGGUUACGUGGAUUACCAUCCAGCCGACAGAGCUUUAACAGGAUCUAUGGAGAGUGCCCCUUCUGUAGCAAGCCAAUCACAGUCAAGAUAGAUGCGCCUUUUUGAUGGUGGAUUGAUUCAGAAGCUCACACUUUUCUGUCAACCAGCACAGAUGAUGCAGGAGAUUGGUUCUGCUAUGAUGCUUGAAAUCUAGAGGGCAAAUGCAAAGGGCCUGGUCAGUUAUAGAUUUAGUCUUAUGACUGUGAGGCAUAUUUUGCUCUCUUUCAAUGUAUGCACACCCACUCAGAAUAAUACAUGUAACAAUGUGACAGACGCUACUUAUGACACACAGAGUUUCCACCUCAAGCCUAAUUACGUAUAAAACGUUUAUAAAAUACAUUCAUCCUGUCAUAAGAAUGUCCAAAUAAUUGAUAUAAUUUGCUUGGGGUGAGGUAAUGUUAAGCAAAGUUUACAAACAUUGGCCAAAAUCCCUUACGUUCAAUCAGCCUGAUGGCAGUUUUUUCUGCUCGCCGUGUUCCCUGGUAUCUUACAAAAAUUGACCAGUCCCAAUGAUCACUUAUAAUAGAUAUAAGACUGUACUAAAUUAUGAAAUAAACAUGUUAUACCUUGUU